AUCACAUGGACAAGACUCGUCAGUAACAGUCACGUUACCUUUCCUCUGGCCGUCAGCAGACGUGAUGAAGGAGGUUACAGAUGCACUGCUGAUAAUGGUUUUGGUUUUAAAAUUCGUGAUGUCUUCAUUACUGUACAUUGUGAGUACGAAUAUUUAUUUUAUGAUUCAUUGCGAUUUGGAAUGGAUUAUGGUCUCACCAUAAAAGCAGUAAAUAUGUCCUCUGAUGGUCACCUUUUUUUGCUAUACGAAAGACAUACAUUUGCUGUACUUAAUGAGCUUAACCGUGUAAACUGUAAGUUACUGACCUAAGUUAUUUAUUCAUUUAAUUAUUUUCCAAUACUUUACUUUAAGGCUCAUUCGUAUGAUAACUUAAAACAAUUAAUGGUAGUUUUUUUGCCGGCUUUUGUCGCCCUCAUAUGUUACCUUGGUAGAGAGCAGUCACCGACAUAUGAAUCGUAAAAUUACUCCUCAUUUUCCCCCCUUUACUUAAAGAAUAAAAUGAAAUAAAAAUUAAAAUAAGAAAGAAAUUAAAUUCAACGUACGAUCAGUGUUAAGAAAACAAUCACAACAAAGCACAGCCCUUAGAUCUGCAUCGAAAACAACGUAGCAAUAUUUUUCAGCAAUAUUCAUAGCCUUUUAUUGGUGGCACGAUUGUAUUUCAUAGACGCAGCUAUAGUAGAGACGGUCGCUCCUGUUACAUCCCAAUCUUGGAUUGGACAAACUGUAAAAUUGACUUGUGCUGCAGAUGGCUCCCCGACGCCAACCUUAUCUUGGAAAGACCCGAGUGGGAGAGUAAUAAAGCAAGAAACAGAAUUGAAAACAACAGUAGAUGUGCUGAUGAUCAGUGAUCAGGACUUUGGUAAUUACACAUGUGAGGCCACUAAUGAUGUAAAUACUGAUACAAACACAGUGUUGGUGCAGCAGAUAAGUAAGUGGAAUAUCUUUUCCUUGCUUGUAUAUCUAGCCGGAUUUUUGAAACCGGUAUCGCCAAAUGGACCUUUUGCGUCCAAGAACUGUUUCCAAAGAUGCUAUUAUAAAAACUAAUAGUGCAGCCAUUACUUUUUUCUCUUCUCCUUCUUUCCUUCCCCUCGCUCUUUCUUUUUCUCCUUUCCCUUUCCUUCGUUACUAUGAUUUUGGAACUUCUCGGGCUUAAGAAACCUGCCUUUUGCCUUUUUCAAAACAUCGGUUAGAUAUAAAUAUCUGUGAUUCUGUCAUAUGCCGUUUGUGUGAUGGUUGCAGGUAUUUCUUUCAUUUUUAAUAUGCAUCAAGGGGUAUGGGCCUUUUGCAGCUAAACAGUCUCUUAGGAUAAAAACUCCUUGAGCAUGGCCAAGAAAAGCACCACGACUACGUCAUGUACGAGGCAAAUUUCCCGUCUUUCCAAAACCCACGUCCACCUUGUCGUCUGCGCUCUAGCAAGGUGUUUAUGUAACAUGUGACUGUUUGGCGGCUGCAAAGCGUCCGUACCCCUAAAUGCAUAUAGGUUAAAAUUGAAAGAAAUAAUAUGUGCACAAACUCCCAAAUGACAGAAGGAUGAUACUUCAUCCUAAUUGCAGGUGUUUGUAUAUUGUAGAUGUUUACAACCAAACACAAAACAAUCCAAGAACGGCCCAUUAAUCCACAUAUCUGGAUGUUGGGUAUAUUAUAUUUACGAAAUGGUAAACGUGCAGCGUGCAACCAUGGAGCAAUGGUGCACGCGGGAGGUUGCUAAGCACGAAAGAAUCGUAAGAGUUGCACGAGGCGAUAGGCAAGUGCAACUAUACCUUCUUGAGUGCUUAGCAAACCUCCCAAGUGCAUCCAUAACUUCAUUAUUGCACAGCUGCAACGUUUACCAUUUCUUUUAUAACAUAAUCAAAAGAGAAACAUUUGUAUUUGCCUUCGGUUGAGUCAUCGAUACGAGUUUAUCUAUGCUGUCAUCUGCCCGCGCAUAAGCAAAUCAUGUUUUUUAAUAACAAUAAUAAUAAUAAUAAUAGACACUUAGCGCGGUAUCCACUAAUUGCUCAAAGCGCUGUACAAUAAUGUGGUAAGAAACUAGAGUUAAAAACUAUUAUAAGAUAAAAUAAAAAUUAAAUAAAGCUACUAAAAUCAAACACCGUAGGCUAAUUUAAAUAAGUAUGUCUUCAAUUGCGUCCUGAACUGGUCGACAGAUGUAACACUCCUGAGUUCAGGGGGCAAUUGGUUCCAUAACCUAGGAGCAGCUGCGGAAAAAGCCCUAUCACCAUACGUCUUUAACCUAGUCCUAGGCACGGCUAGAAUAUUCUGGGAACUAGAACGAAGUACUUGAAUCGUGGACCAGUAGCGCAGAAAGUUCGCAAAGGUAAGUUGGUGCCAAGCCAUUUAGACAUUUGUAAACUAAGAGUAAAAUUUUAAAAUGUAUGCGAUAACCCGGCGGCAACUAAUGAAGUUUGAACAGGAUACGAGUGAUAUGGUCAAACCGCUUAGAUAAUGUAACAAUGCGUGCAGCAGUGUUUUGUAUCAGUCUUAACCUGUUUAACAGGUGUUUAGGAAGACCGUAUAACAAAGAGUUACAGUUAUCGAGUUUAGAGCUAAGAAACGCAUGUACUAAAAUUUGAGAGGUAUCUUCACUUAAGUACUUCCUGAUCUUAGCUAUGUUCCUUAAAUGAUACUGACAGGAAACGCAGAUUUUGUUAACAUGGUCGGUUAAAUCAAGACACUGAUCUAUAAUCACCCCCAGAUUUCGGGCGGAGGGUUUAAGUUGGAUCUUCUCAUCAACCACUUGGAUAAACUCUAGAGGAGGCCUGCAACGAAAUUUUGAGCUGAUGAGAACAAGUUCAGUUUUAUCGUGGUUGAGUUUAAGACCAUUGCUCACCAUCCAACAAUCAAUGUCGUUUACACGGCAUUCGACACGACGUUUAGCCAAAGAGAGAUCAUAACUACAGUCAGUUCUAAACGACAUAUACAGCUGGGUAUCAUCAGCGUAUAAAUGAUACUGUAACUUGUGGAACUUUAUGAUAUCAGCAAUGGGUGAUGUAUAGAGGGGAUAGAGAAGAGGGCCCAGAACAGAUCCUUAGAAACGCGUUCUAGAGAGCGCUGGGUUGACCUACAGUCAUUGACCCGAACAAACUGCGUGCGCGACGUCAGGUAUGACUCAAACCAUGCAGCUGCAGUACCGUUUACUCCGAAGCGGUCAUGCAAUCUUUAUAACAGUAUCGAGUGAUCAACCGUGUCGAAGGCAGCUGACAAAUCCAAUAAAAGAAGUAUAACAGACUAAUUGGUGUCAAUAGCACACAAGAUGUCAUUCUGGACCCUUACUAAAGCUGUCUCGGUGGAGUGAAAGUUCUUAUAUGCAGACUGAAACGUCUCAUCUAAGUGCUGCGAUAUGACGUGAUCUGUGAGUUGUAUGGCAACUGCCUUUUCAACAAUCUUCGAUACUACUUUUACGUUCGAGAUAGGACGAAAGUUUUGGAACUGUUCAAAGUCAGCAUCAGAUUUUUUCAAUGUGGGCGAUAGUGUAGCAACCUUCACAGCAUCGGGCAUAACACCAGUCGAUAAGGACAGAUUGGUAAUAGUAGGAAGUAAUACGGUAAGACAGCCUUUCAAAACUACCGCAGGUAGAGGAUCAAGUUCACAAGAUUUAGAGAGUGGUUUCCUUGAAAACGUUUUUAUUUCCUCCAGGGUAACCUCAGCAAAGUUACAAAACUCUGUACCACAAACUUUGACGUCAGGAGGGGAAGACCCAACGCGUAUUUUCCUUUCAACAAGCCCUUAAUGUAUUUUAUCAAUUUUGCUGGUAAAGAAAUCGGCAAAUGAAUUUGCCAGGGCAGUAUCAUCAGAAGAAGGAGGAUAACGCUUGUUGGUUGAUUUUUGCAAUAACUUUCCAACAGUCUUGAACAAUAUCCUCUGAUUGGAUGAGUGUUCAUUAAUGAUGUCAGUGUAAUAUGUAGACCUUAGUGACUCAGUAGCACUGAUGAACGUAUUGCUCACGAUCACAUAGUAACCUAGUCGAACGCCACUUCCGCUCCAACCGCCUUCGGAUGUUUUUCUGUACCACCACUUCCGGUUUAUACCAGGGAGCACUAGGUCGUAAUGUUACUGUUCGCCGUUUUAAAGGGGCAUAGAGAUCCAAGAGCGAUCUCAAUACAUUGUCAUAUUGACCCACAAGAACGCUGAGUUCAACAGCUUGAUCCUGUAGCAAAGGAGAAGUCAAGAUAUCUUCACAAAAGGAUUUAAUAUCCAAAGAACGGAGUUUCCGAUAGUACACCAUUUUCUUCCUGAAGUGCGGUUUUUGUACACUCAGGUUACAAUGAACCGCACAGUGAUCCGAGAUUACACUGGGUCGAAAACCUUGAUUUCAGUAAUGAAAGGAUUAUCUUUUUUAGAAAUUACAAGAUCCAAAGUGUGUCCGUUAGCGUGAGUUGCUCCAGUAACGUGUUGUUUUAGGUUGCAAGAUUCAAGAAUUUCAUUAAAGCGGUUUGCAUAGAUGCUACGAGGGUCACCAACAUGUAAAUUGAAGUCACCAGAUAUUGGUAAGUGACCAGUGGAUUCAGCCAUAAUUUGUUCCAGAAGCACUGAGAAUUCUUCAAGAAAUAGCACACAUGAGGUGUUAUCGGGAGGGCGAUAAAUAAGCAGAAUUCUAAUGGAUUGAAGACUUCUAAAGUGAAUAUCCAUGAGUUCAAAUGUCGUAAAGGUAUCGGUGAUGUGACUGUUAAUUUGGAGAGUGUCCUUAAAUAACAAACCAACACCUCCACCUCGGGAAUGAACCCUCGGAACAUGUAAAAAUCUAUAGCCAGUUGGACAUAGGGUUCUAAUCUCAACAUCAUCAAUAAUGCCAGGACGCAGCCAAGUUACAGUGAAGUGAAGCCAAAAUAUCAAUGUCUUGAUCAACCACAAAGUCUUUAACUGCCAUUGCCUUGUUCUUAAUGGAUCUAACGUUAAGAACACAAAACUGAACACAGCGACAGUCAAUUUUUGGAGAAUUUGUUGUAGUUACUGAUAUUAAAUUAUUCAAGUUCACACCACGAAGAGUCAAUGGCGCUUGGAGAUAACCACAGGCGGCCCAGACGUAGUAUGUGUCACUGAAUGAAUAUAUUAAUAUUCACAUGGACAAAUUAAUGCGAUGAGUCGUCGAAACUCCAAAGAACUAAAAUAGUCCAAAAGUCAAAAUAUAACAAAACGAAGCAAAGAUACCUUUAACUGAACGUAUCCUUGUCUUUCCUGGCCGGGUAAAGUGGCAUUUUGUUAAGUUUUGCAAGUACCUACAAUUGCAAAACUCAGCAAAAUGCCACUUUAACCGGCCAGGAAAGACAAGGAUACAUUCAGUUAAAGGUAUCUUAGCUUUGUUUUGUUAUAUUUUGAUUUCUGGACUAUUUUAGCACAUGGGAGUUUCGACGACUCAUCCUAUUUUGUCCAUGUGAAUAUUAAUAUAUUCAUUCAGUGACACAUACUACGUCUGGUCCGCCCGUGAGAUAACCAAAAUUAGCAUAAUCACGUUGAGUUGUUCUAGAAAAUAUAUUUAAAUAAUUUCCUCGGAUCUUCUUUCCACCUUUUCCUCCUCUAUACCUCAGAGCACCAAGUGAUUUUAGUUCGCCCAGAACUUGAGGACAAGGAGUUCAAUAACUUGUGAAGUGGAAAACUUGCCUUUGAGGUCUUUGAGUUUUUCUUUCGCUGAAUCAACCGUUCUCCGUCUUCAGGUAAACUGCAAAACGUUUUUGUAGUUAUUCUGAAUGGCAUUUGUCUACCUGCUCUUAAUAUUAAGGCAAAUACUUUGAGGGAAAACUACAUCUACAACUAUAAAACCUAACUAAGAAACACUAACUAAUAAGCUUCAACUUUAAUAAUUAUUAUUGAUGCGACAAUUUUUGCAAUAAACGUUAAGUAGAAAUGAGAAAAUCUGACUGUAUUUCCUUCCUUUUAAAAAGAAAUUAACUAGCUUUGUAUCGAAAUCUGUCUGGGGAAAUCGAGCUAUGAAAGUCAAAAUUGCAACUGAAAUUCGCCGACACAGUCGGCGUUGAAGCGACGGGUGAGCAAUAAUUAGAUGCUGUUGUUUUUCGACCGUUCUCUAAAGAGGCUACUGUCAUGAAUAAACAGAAACAAAAUUAAUUAUAAAAACAGAAGUCAUUUUUUAAAAAAAGUAUUUGAAAACCCAAAUGUUUAUGUACCCAAAUGAAAUUGGCUUUACAAUUAGAGCGGAAUGUGACCGUAUAAACUCAACUAAAAGUUUUGAUCAAUGCGAUGAAAACUACACAACAAAUCUGUCUCGAAUCUGAGCGUGUUUCCUUUAAAAAAUUCACCUUGAAUUUAACAUCAGCUCUACUAAAAAGUCAAUAACACAAUGCUAAAUGAUAAAUUUCCAUUUCAAAACAGACUUUCCCUUCUAUAAAAACACAAAAAAUGUACCUUAAAUCUUCGCUCACUCGUCUGAGUACUUUCUUCAACUUCCACUUUUCAUUUGUACAUUUCAACGGUGCAUUUUACUAAUAGGAGAAGAGAUAUGCUGAAUUUGCCUCAAUUUUACAGCGCUAGCUUAGUUUUUCUAACUGACCAAUCAGAGCGCGCGCGUUACUUUUAUGUUAUGUUAUAAUUAACAAUUAUUCCACGAGGGCGCGUUGGAUAUGAGAUGGUAAAUGGCCAACGAGGCGCGUAGCGCCAAGUUGGCUAUAAUCAUGUCAUAUCCAACAAGCGCGAGUGGAAUAAUUGUUUUAUUAAAAACGCCCACAAAAUCUCGUUGAAUCUCCCCGACUUAAUUUUGUUAGAACAAACCGGAAAAGACAAGGGACUUCCGCUAUUCACAUGUCACACGUCUAUCAAAACUGUCAACGCGCGAACCGACUCGCCUGGACUUGAUGAAUGAAAAAUCAAAACAUUGUAAGUUACCCAUAUAAGAAGGCUCCAGAAGGCUUUUCUGGAUUAAGGCCGUUGCCAUGGGAACAUCGCAUCCUUAGACUGGCAGUAAUUUUGUCAUUUUUGCCCAUUUUUCCCAGCCUAGUCCCAAGGCGUUUUCGGCUCGGUCAUUCCUGGACUCUACCAUAAGCUGUGACGUCACCGAGAGGUAAUCGCCGACAUUGCCAUAUCAAAUGUGGCGGCCCUUUUCUGUCAGGUUACUGCAACUUCAGCAGGUAGCUGAAAAUCCGUCUUUGGAACAGGCAGAGUUUCUAUGUGCAUGCCAGAGCGACAAACAAAGUUUAGAUUUCUUAAAUAAGGAUCCACAAAGCCAAGUUUUGUUCAACUGAAGUGGACUUUCACGCGCAGCAACUUGUAUCAGACGAUCGAUGAACUUCUUUCUUCAAUUUGUGCCAAUGAAUCUCAGCACGAGGAGUUCAGGUUACAGACUGUCGUCGAAACCGUGUAAUCGAGGAAACAAGGCAAACAUAUAUAUAUAUAUAUAUAUAUAUAUAUUGUAAAAAUAUGCUUCGUUACGGCAUUUCUGGGCAUUUGUAAGCUCUUAAUGUUUUAAAACCACGCAUUAAAAGUGUCUCUCCCAAAAAAAAAGUAGGUGCUGUGGGUUUUGAUUCAUUUCGUAAUUUAUAUUUUUUUUACUAAAAUGACGGUUUCCAACAGAAAAACGGCACACCUUUCUUCAGCUUUGUUACCUUUCUCACGAAAUACAGAUAUUGAGGGCCCAGAUGGGUGUCUCCAUACCGCACUUAAAUUUUUGACAGCUAAAAAUGUAUAUAGUACAUUAAGCUUAAGUUUAUGUUAGAUAAGAAGUUCGAUUUUCAGUGUUUAAGCAUUGAACCCUUGAAGAUAUAAACGAUACUGUGUAAACCCUACUGGUAUGGUUAUUGGACUGAAGUGCCUAUAGAUAUAUUCAUAACUUCAUAGAGCUAUUGUUAGCAAUAAAAAAAAACCUAUUUUAGGAGAAACAGAUGUGACAAUGAAGAGCACUUAAAAAACUACUUUAUUUGACAUUGCAUUUUUGAAUUGAAAGAAUCAUGAACUUGGACAGCAGUUCUUCUUUUCUUCCCUUCCCUCUCUCCCUGCAGGCUUCUCUUCUUCUGCCAUGCUACCAGAGUUUGGUUCCUUUAUUUUUUCCCCACUAAGAUUCUCAUUAAAAUACCUGAAAUUUAAUGAAUUAAAAACAAAAAUCAUUUUUAAGGUUGAAAAUUAACCGUGUUAAAAGGGGAUGUACAAAUGUGGCUGGUGAUUAAAAGAUUGGAACCAUUUGUACAUCAUAUAUUAAAGACAAUAUUAUUAUUAUUUUGCAGAUCUAUCAAUGCUAUCUUAUUGUCUUUGUCCUUGCCCACCCUCCUUGCCUCCCCUCUUUUUCUGCCUGUCCCAAUAUAAAACCCACUGGGAUCAAAAAAUGAAAUAUUGGCAAUUUACAAUGAGGCUAUAAUAUGCUUUUAAGGUUUCCUAGUUUAAAAUUGCUGUGUACGUAACAAUAAUGAAAUAAUUGGAGUUUUUCAAAUAAGGAAAUUUAACUACUCAAUUUAAUUAAAGUAAGAAUUACAUUCCCAUAAUUAGCUGAAAGAUUGGAUAAGAAAUUAUUAUUAUUAUUAUUGUUGGAAUUAGCCAUAGUGUAAAAACAGUCUGUAAUAUAAAUGAAUACAUUACACAGUUGUACCUAUUUUUCCGGUCUCUUCUGCUGACUGGUCUUCAUUGAUGGAAUGUUUGGCAAUGUCCUUGUGUCCUUGUGUCCCUUUUUACAGAACAUAUAAAAGAAGGAUGAGGAGAAUAUCUUGCAAAAUCAUUAAAUGCGUUGUAAACAAAACUCUUAGAGUAUACUUUUAACACAGAAAUGUUAUCAAAAAAUAAUACAUUACGCAAAAAUAGCUUCAGGCUUGCCCUAGAGGUCAUUUUAUUUCCAGUGGCUACAACUCACUUCUCCAGAUCUUCGAAAAUACCAAGUCAUAAUUGAGUUAGUUAUAGUACAAAGAUAAAGAGGAUGGGCACGAGGCGAACUUUCGAGAAUAAACAACGUCACUAAUCAAGGUCGAGGUCGGGGCUCGGCUGAGGCUGAUGACCCUUACUGAGACCUUGAUUAUUCUGGAUAUCACAAAAACCCAAUCUAAUAAUUGUUUUAUUAUACAUUGAACGAAAUAUUUCUUUCUCGCUUCGACAUAAAAUGUAUGUUUUCAAAGUUUGUGCCAACUCUUUCUUUUCCUGAAGUUCUCCCAGUUUUUUCUGUUUCACGUAAUCAGAAAACAGCUCCUUUGCCACCUUCGACGACCUUUUUGUGUUUUGUGAGUCAUUGUCGUCAACUAUUUUUUCUAUGAUUUCGGCCAAUCAGAAAAGAGAUAGUGAGUUCAAUGUGUAAUAAUUAGUAUUAUUACGGUGAUAUCUCGCCAGUUGAAAAAGGAAAGAUAGCGGAUUCAAUUUUAUACCUAACACUGGAUGUUUUCUUCGAAGUACUUGACCACUGUACCCAAAAUUCGAGCCGUGGCAGUCACUUGUGCGGAUGGUGAUCAUCGAACAUGAAAACGGUGGUUGCGCAAGGAUCGCAAUAAGCCCUUCAUUUCGUAAUCUGUUGUACCGACUGUUUGCAGAUCUUCAAACGUCAGCCCACUUCCGGAUUCUCUUUCAACCUUGUUCUUCUUUAGGGAUAAUUUUGGCGACGAAGUUUUUCUUCAAAAGUCUGCUGUAAGAGAUGGCGCCGAUCUAAAAACGUACGUCACGUCGUCAGCUGCACGUACAAGACCGUAGUUCUUGGCAGACAACUAUUGCCUUCGUCAAGGGUCCAUCUGUGACUCAAAAAUUAUUUUUCGUUGUGCAAAAAGAGUUUCUAGUGCAUCUUGUGCAUUGAAGGACUUUUAAAACAAGAAAAGUACAAGGAUGUUGGUUCGUUGAUGGAAAGGUUCCUUCGAUUAGGAUGCAGGUUAAGUAGGAAACAUUUUUUUGUGAUACCGGUAAGUUUUUUAUACGAUGUGAUAGAGUCGGCAAAACAAAAAAAAAUUCCACUGUCUGUAAUAUUGCCUUAAGGCCACUUCUAGAAUUUCUUAAACCAAAUCAAAUGUAAGAGAAAUAAAGUGACCGAGGAGCUAACCUCCGCCGGUGAAGACAUUCGGGACUUGGUUCGAUCUUUCAGAUCUUUCCACUGACUAUGAACCAAAGACUAGAAACAGCAACAUUGCCUUCUUCAGGAUUAGUGUACUUUACUUCUUUGGUUUCUUUGUAAAGUUUCCAUUCACCAUUUACUUCGAGUAUUUUACGUUUGUCUACUUUUGAAGCGAAAGAAUUGAUGUCUUUGGAAAAUUUCUGCUUCGUUUAUACAUACAAUUUACUCUUAUGGAGAUCGCUGGUGACUUGUCACCGGUGUAACAUUGUCUCCUCUCAUAUAUGUUUGACUUACACUAACCAAACUUUUUGAAGAAUGAGCUUCAACAGAAAGUUAAUAAAGUUUUUUGGGAGAAUAUUUCGAAACUGAGAGGCCAAGUUUGUUUUAUUUUUGCGUGGACGUCGCGCGGAUUUUAAAGCUCGCGCCAUACUAGUGCUCAGGCUGCGCAUAGCCAAUUUACUCUAGGGAGCCACCUUAAAAGAGGUAGACCUUAAGCAAAUAAAUUUACCCUUUAGUUCUGCCUCGAGGUCUUUCUUUUAAAAUAUUUUCCUAGUGAGGUAUUUAACUUCUGUGAUUAAUACUAAAAGUCAAAAUCCCAGCUUUCGCCAGUCAACGGCAUCAUCAUCUCAGUUCUAUUUUUAAAUUAAUGUAAGAAUAAGAUGUCUAUCAAGCUUGCUAUAAAUCGUCUAAGGGAAUAUAUGUAGUUGGUUCGUAGUGCUUUUCAUCUUUCAUCCAUUUAUUCUAUUUGUCCAUCCUGCUCCUGUUGGUUAUGUCAUGUGUGGUUCUUUCUUUUUUCUGUAUUUUCUCCUUGUAGUCUUUCUAUAUAACCAUCAGGUAACAAGACAAGAUGGAACUGGGAGCUAUAGUAAUAUUCUUUAGCGUUUAGUUUUAGAAUUUGGGGUUCUGACGGAAAAGUUACCGAAACGGAUCCCUGAUUCGCACAAGCAUGCAAACGACUGACCUGCUAUUACCCAUCUACCAUGCAUGCAUUUCUGCGGACCUAUUUUGUUUUCCUUCAGAGGCACCAGGCUCACCGACCGCCACAGUGAAGAUUGAAGCAACGUCAAUAACAGUUACGUGGACAAAACCAGCUCAUGAUGGAGGAAGUCCUAUUACAGCAUACAGAAUUUUAAUGCUGCGGGGCAACACGGAGAUAAAAGAUGAGAAUAUUACGGAUACGUCCGUCAAGUAUCAAGAUAUUGGAGGUCUAAGCAAAAGCACAAACUACACUAUUAAGUUGUUUGCCAGAAAUUACGUGUUUGAGGGAAAAGCAAAUGAAAGGAAAAUUCAGACCAAGUAUGGAGGUAUGAAAAUCUGUACUAAGAAUGCAUAAGAAUUGUAUUCAGUCAGUUGAUUUAUUUAUAAUUAUAUUCAUUUAUUUUUAUUAAUAAAAGUGGACCAGCACAAAGCAGCGUAUUUUUUAUAUGACGAUAAAUCCGUCAGCUCCGAAACUAAAUAUUGUACUUUAUGCGAAUCCAGGGUCCCCAUGCAAUCAUAGCCCCUUGUUACGCAGGAGUUUAUAUAUUUAUCUAUUUAUUUACCAGCUUUUCUGGACACAGGCCUGCCCAGAGGGAAUGUGCACGAACAGGACUCAGGUCCCAUGCGAGGUGCCAUCCCUACCCAAUCCCACAACCCUUAAAGGUUGGCCACACCACCGGAGUCCACGACCCCUACUCUUUUCGAAUAGUGAUGUAGGUUCUUUUACGUCCCACAAGAACAAGACCUACGGUUGUUUGUCCUUAUCCGAGAAGACUAGAAAGUCUAACCAUUUGCAGAUGUCAUUACAAAGGCAGCACUUUCUUCUCAGUUAUUUAAAGACCCCGAGUGUUGGUCCGGCUGGGGUUUGAACUCGCGACCUUCCGCUCGGCAGACUGGCGCUCUCCCAACUGAGCUAACCAGUCGGCGGAAUGUUGUUAUAUCGACAUGUUUAUUACUGUUCGCACCCUAGUAGUAAUUUAUAUAAAGUGAGUUUCUUUAAAUCUGGAAUGAAACAAAAACGUGUCAGAAAAAUAAAACCAGUUGCUAACAAGAUACGUAGCAUUGUGAAGUAUAUAUGAAAAUCAUAUAUGUGAACUGCGGGGUGAAGAGUUAUAUGAAAGUAGAUCAUCGCAGUUACAGACGCAUAUUUUGCAGUUGCGAAAAGAAAGCCUGAAAAAAAAAAGGUUACGUAGCUGUGUGCCGCUCAGAAGUAUUUGUUAAAAAAAUAUGAUAAAAAGCAUUUAUAACGGAACAACGAAAAUUAACAAACAAAACCCCGUAACAACAUAAUUACGACGUAGCCGGUCACCCUUAGGGCUUUCGGAAAACCCGUUUUUACCAUAUCGUUUAGAACGGAAAGGACUGAAGGCUUCUUGUGAAAUAAAGACUUAAAUCCCCGGGCAGCGCAGUUACUUAAUGUAAAUUUGAAAAUUGUAAAAUCGACGCCGGCAAUGCUACCCUCCAGGAUAGGCCGAUGAGGUUCCACAAGUUGACCUCUGAGAAGAGUUUACCUUUAUAAAAGCAGUAAGGCGAGUGUAAGAGGCUUUUAAGGUCCCCGGCGGCCUAGCGAGCGACAAAAUCGUGACAAGUCUUUUUAAGAAAAAAAAAAAGUCCUUCGCGCGUGCGCAUAAUCGGGACAGUGUCCCUUAGAGAAAUAUACUUAAAAAUUCCGGUGCUUUUCCAUGUCUGGCACAGUAGUGUUUUUUUUUUUACCUCACUGUAUUUACGUAGAAUUCUUUGGCGUAUUCGAAUUGUUUUCGCCCGGCCACUCGAAAACACCAAAACAAUGGAAAAACAAUGGAAAUACGAUGUAUGGCAUCAUCGUUUUCAACAACCUCCGUUUCAUCCGUUCACACGAAAACGACAAGCUGGUGUCUUUUUUCAAACCCCACUCUGGGGACCGUUUUUAAUGCCCGGAAAUACCGUUUACAUGUUAGCGGCCGGAAAGCUAAACGGAGAAAAGAAGUCCGUCCCUUUUCAAAAAUACCCGGUUACAUGUGGACAAGGCCUAAGGUGAGCUUAUGAAGCUUGUGCUCUGUCUACAAGCAGCAUUUGUAACCAGAUCUCUUGUUGUAUCUCAACAUAAAACUCACCUUAUUCUUAUCCUUUGUCCUGUAUUUCCUGAAAUUGUCCGCAAAUAAUAGUUUAGUCAAGUCAAUACUCGAAUUUUUUUGGGCUCACAAAAAACCUUUUUUAUAAGUCCACGCCUGCAUUCGCCACGUUCAUUUUCAUCUAAAUAACCCAGGCGGGUAUAGUUACAAAUUUGGGUUUGUUUAAUUUCGGAUUACAUAGUCUUCCUUAUAAUUUGUUACAAAGCAUGUCUUCAUUGAAAACGAGAUAAGCUUUUAAGGAGGGCAACCGUUCGCAUACUCGAAGUAACUGCAACCUAAUUUUGCCAGGUUGUCAAAUCAACUGAAAGUAAACUAGUUUUUGUUCGUCUUGUACUAUUCAUCUUUUAACGCAGGAGUCCCUACAGCAGCGGAGAUCACAGAUUUACCGGCUGAAACAAAAGAUGUUGAAAUCACCUUAAAAUGGAAAGAAGCUGAAAACAAUGGAGCCCCUAUAACCCAGUACACUGUGUACCGAAGAACUGUCCAUGAGGAUGGCACAUCACUGAAAUGGAUUAAAAUAAAAGAAAUUACAGAUACGUCAGAUCGUAACGCUGUUGUUAACUUGGAAAAAGGCAAAAAAUAUGAAUUUGUAGUUACUGCUACAAACAGCUUUGGCGAAGCAGGGAAAGAAGAGAGAAAAAUCAGCAAAAUAAGAGUGUUGGGAGGUAGGUGUAUUCUGGUCCAGGUAUCUUAAGUCUUUUUACACUCUCUGUGUAUUUUUCCUUUUUUAAAAAUUCCACUAUAAAAUUAAAGUAGACAUAAUGUGUGGCAUUGGACUUCACCAAUGGUCGUAUAAUACGUAGCAUCUGUUUGUGGAUAAGUGUCUUCACUCCACCUUCGCCCAAUGUGACCCUGUGUACACCCAAAACAAAGGAGAAAGCGUGUAUUAAAUAUAAUCCACUGAUUAAUCAUCUCGCGAUGUUAUCGGCUAUUUUGGUUCACGUGUUACCAAAUCGGGAGGGCAUUAGGCAACACACCUCAUCCGUGUAGAUAUUUGCUCUAUGACAAAGUCAACAAACUGGAGUCUCUUUUCAUUUUUUAUCUUCUUCAAUAAUUUAGAAUGAAGAUGUAAAAACAAACUUAUUUUGUAUAAUCUAGUUUCACUAAAAUACAGGGAAAUCAAUAAAAUAGGUUAUGAAUCGAAGAUGAGCAAAGUUUUCGAGUUAAGCUUUACAUUUAUGCACUUGAACAGAAACGUGAAUACAGUUUUUUUACGCAUUCGUACCUGUCAGCUAUGGAAAAGAAUACUUCAAGUGUUUACGAAGACAAGCCUUUUUUGUAGUGCUUUCAGCAUGGAAAAAAGGGAGAAAAAAGCGUAACGGGCCAUGAAACAAUUAAUUGAUCGAGUCGUACAGUUCGCAACCGACUAGAACAUUAGUUUGAGUCAUCUCCGAUUAUCAGGUGAUUCAAUUUGUAACUCUGGUUAAUUCCGGUCAAUUCAACCUGUUCUUACAGUUGGGUCUUAUAACUAGUUCUUCUUCCUUUUCUUUCUAUGACUUCCUCAGCUUCCACCAUCCACAGCAACAAAUCCAGGUUUUGACAACAGCUCACUAAAGUAAAUCCUUCAACUGCCCCAGAUUUUUCAGUUUCUGUGUUUCAUACUUGUAAUAACUUUUCUAGCCCUAGCUUUGCAGCGGCAGUUAGUGACAUGGUUGGAUUCUCUUUGCUUAUCCAUUAGAAACGGUUUUUCAGUAGUUUUCAAACAGUGCUGUGGGUAAAAUAUGAGAUAAAAGCGCUGUUUUUUGAGUUUUGAUCUAUGGGGCGUUUCAAGAGUGCAUUUAACAUGACAGCCACUCAAGACCUGGUCCAAUCACAGUUUCAACAAAAAAAAAAUCGACCAAUCAAUGUGCUUGUUUGCGUCAUUCGCAAUACUAAAAUUAAAAUUAUAAUAAUAAAAAUUUAAAAAAUAGAAUAAAAAUUUCUGGGUUAAAAAUAAAACAAUUUAGAAACAUUUAAGAUUAAGAAGGAUUGUAUGCUAGUUUCAAAACGUGAGUCGUUAACUUUGAUUUAAAAACAGUCAGAGUUGCACUUUGUGGUAUUUCACGAGGAAGGUUGUUCCAAAGAAAAGGUCCCGAGUCUGCGAAGGUGCGAUCACCAAAUGCCUGGUAGUUAGCUCUAGGAACAGCAAGGUUAUGGUCAUUUGAACGCAGCAACAUUCAGUACUUUUUGAAGAAGAUCAGAUUGGUUCUUAAUGGCAACAUAAAGAAAAGAUUAUAACAUAACGCACGUGCUUGCCCUAGAUAAGUCCUAUUGAGCCGCUAUGAACAAAAUCUUUAGUUACCCACGCCCGUGCGUAAAUAAGAUGACGUGAGCAUUUUUUUUACCUGGCUGCAGAGUGGCCGCCCUGUUAAGCUGUUGCGCAGUUUUCCUUCUCUUUAAAAUAUGGAAGAAACCAGCGAAGAACUGCCCAAUUUUUCUAUCGACGUUGACUUCUUAGGUCCUGAUCCAACAAGCAGGAAAAAUAAAGCCGAAAAAAAAAAACACGCAAUGUGCGCGUUUCGCAAAGUUGUCGGAAGACCAGCUGCAGCAAAUUUUGGGCGAAAGACAUUCACUGGGAACAAAAAAAAGCGAUGUCCUAUCAAGAAGCUUCAACACUGGCAAUGUUAGCCUGAGUCCUCUGCUACAGCCAUAACUGUUCGUCUGUCAAAAUAACAGUGUGGUGGUUGCCCAAGGGAAAACUGCAAGUUUCCUGCAGUCUGUCUUCUACAAUUGCACCGAGCACGGCAGCGUAAACAUUAUUUUGAACAAUCAAAACCCUUGGUAACUUGGGGUCUUUGACUUUUAGAACAUUUUUGGCUUUGAUUUUCUCCAUUUUCCCCUUAAAUUUUGAGCUUUUCAUUCACAGUUCAUACCAAAGUAAAAAAUGUGGCGUGUUUUUGACCAGCCAAUAGGGACGUUUCCUUACUUUUUUUGUGCGUUGUGAGAAUUUUGCACUCUAUCACAAUAAAAAGCUUCUUCUCGCAGAUCCUUGUUGUCGCUCUGUUAUUGGCCAUUUCGGAGUUAGGUAGGGAACUGGGGCGAAUUUCAAAUUAACUGACACCACCAUAAAGGUCAUGUUGAGAUUGGUUUUUUUGAACAAGUUUGGAGCUCUAAAGUUGAACAGGGAUCAAGUUAUGACUCUUGAAACAUGGUUAAGGAUCCAUACAAACCUCCAUAAUUUUUUGACAGCGUCCCCCAAAAGCAUAUGAACUCUUAAUUUUUUUCACGAUUUCUGUGAUAUUCGUAAAAAUGGGCAAACACAGUUAUUUUCGGAUUAGUUCCUUCCAAGUAAUAGAUGCAUGACGGAUUUUACAAUUUAAAAGAAAAACUGAAAAAUUUUAAAGAGUUUAUGUAGUUUUGGCGGACGCUGUCACAAAAUUAUAGACGUUUGUAUAUCUUUAACCAUGUUUCAAGAGUCAUAACUUGAUCCCUGUUCAACUUUAGAGCACCAAACUUGGUCAAAUGACCAAUCUAAACAUUACCUUUUAUAUGUGGUGCCUGUUUAUCGAUUAGUUUAAUUUGAAACUCGCCCAGUUCUCUACGCAACUCCGAAAUGGCUAAUAAAGAAUUUUCUCAUGCUUUUUUAGCGUGCUUAUAUCGAGUUAUGGAUGCACUUGGGAAGUUUGGAGAACGCUCAAAAAGUUAAAGUUGCUCUCGGCUGCACCUCGAGCUACUCUUACGCAUUUUUCGUUCUCUACAAACUUCCCGCGUGCAUCCAUAACUCGAUAUAAGCACGCUAAGCAUGAACAAAUUCUUAAAUUGCAGUAGUCCAUUAUCGUAUAUCGGAUGAUAAUGCCCUUGGCUAAGAGACUGUCUUCAAAAUUUUACGUUUGCCCUCGAAACUUCGCUUCUCGGGCUAAUGUUUAUCUCUCAGCCGCAGACAUUAUCCUCCGACAUACUAGCCACCGGAAGAGGUUUAUUUACCCUUUGCCAGCUACUUCGGCUGCCUCCAUCCAUUGAUGAGGCUUCGCUUGCUCCAGACAAAAAAAAACCUGCUUUGCUACAUACCAGUACUUACAUGUUUGUCGAUCAUUAGUCUCAAGACUUAGAGCUAUGGAUUUUAUUGUGUCGUUUUCCAAGUGAGUGAAUCUGUUUAUUGUUUUCGAGACAACUUUUUUACUCGAUAAUGUCGUGCGAAAUGAAUGUCCAAUGAAAAUUAUUUUUAAAAGAGUAUGAAAGUACACUAAUCUUUGAUCGAAGUGAAGGACUAAACAAUACAUUGUGACAGUAUUAAGAAUUUUAUGAUAGCGUAGCCAGUGUAGUAAGGAGAGCCAAAUACGGGUAGAUGUGUUUUUUCACAACUGGCAAUGUAUAUCAAAGCCUUAAUUGUACCGUUUUUCAAUUUUCAACAUCACCUAUGCACAAAGGUGGUACAAGUUAUUUAAGGAAGAACGAGUAAAAAAUUUUGAAAGGAAAAUUAACAGCUCUGUGACAUUUCUUUGAACGUAAGGUGUCCCAUCAGCAGUGGCCUUUACUCACGAAUUAAAAGCUCAUGAAAUAACCUUGAUGUGGGAGGCACCAAACAACAACGGAGCAGAAAUCACAAUGUAUACUGUGUACUAUGGAACCCAAAGUGAUAAGCAAUGGAAGGAGACUAAAAACAUAACUGAUGUCUCAAGACGUAAAUAUGUUGUGAAAGUCGAAAUAGGCCAGAAGUAUAAAGUACUGGUAACAGCAAGCAACAAGUAUGGAGAGAGUUCCAAGGAAGGCAAGAUACAACUUGUUGACGUACCGGAAGGUGGGUUAAGUGCGAGUUUAACUGAAGAUUUUGAAGAUGGAUCAUCCGUCUCAGACGGAUCAUCCGUCUCUAGUACAAGUGUGAAAACGGCCAUUGUGUGCUAUUCAAUUUAAAUUAAUGUAACAAAAAAAUUGUAGAUAAAACGCUGUUAAUAAAAGUUAGUAGUCAGUAACUCCGACUUUGCGACAAUGCUACCAUUAUUGAUCCAUUGAAACAUUCAUGAAAUGUGAAUCGUUCAUGCUUUAUAGGCCAGGCAAUUAGUACCAAGAUAGGAUUAAUACGACAAUAGUCAUUAAAUAAGUAACUAAAUUUUAAUAGAAGGAAAUAGUUGCAAAACUGGCCGACGGAAAAUGUCAAAAUGCGUAUUAUAAAUAAUUUUAAACGCUAAAAAAGCAACACUCGCGGCACUCAAUCUAGCCUUCUGAGAAUUAAUUCUUGACUACCGUUACAAGAAGUUUCAGUUAAAAAUAACCAAAUGAACAGGUAUAACUGUAAAUCAUUUCCACGUGACACGUUAGAAUGAUAGUAUUCUUAAAUAUUUUUCUCAGGUUCCAAACCAACAGGAGGCCAAACAGGUGAGCGCUUGAAGGGCAAAAAAUGCAAUAUAAUAACAGACGGUUCCAGGCCAUUGGAUACUAUAUCCUCUGUAUCAUCUCUUUCUACUUGUAGCAUUAGGGUAGUGCAUAAGUGCAUAUGCAGUAUCUGUCGCUGCGCUAAUUUGCUUACAACUAACAGCAAACAUUUUGUUUUAGGUUCCUCGUGUGGUAAUCAAAAGGAAAUUCUUCAUGCUGCUUAUAUCACCAUCAUCUGUCUUUUGUUAAUAACUAAUCUUAUUCUGAUAUUUGUCGUCUGCCAAAUGCGCACCCGUUCAGGUAAGUGGGUUUUUAUAUUAAAAACAUUUGUCUUGUUUCUAAUUCUUUAUUGGCCACGGUUACUCAACUUGCUGACAGGAGAUGAUACAGGACUAAAGUCCCAAUUGAUAUCAACCCCUUCAUGAGCCAUUCAGCAGUCGGUAUAAGCCCAGUUUCUUUUGCAAGGCUUUAAGAGUUUCAAUUCUUAGGACAUCAUGUCGCUUUAAAACUGGAUUUUAGUGGCUUUUUCCAAUUUUCGUUGAAACUAUAGCAUAUCAGAUCCUGCCGCAAAGUGGGUGCGGCCAUAAUUUCAUAUGUUUCGUUAUCACUAUGGUUGUUACAAGAAAAAGACAACCUGGAUGUAGUAGAAGUGAAUGCGUCCAUAAAAAUUCUUGAAAGGCUUGGUAAAUGCUGCGAGGACUAAAGAUACUCACAUUCUGUAUUUUGUAAUGAGCUCCAGAGAUAUAUCAAUAACUAGUUGUCAAAGUGUUUACAAACUGAACAAGUCUGAACAUAUUUUUGUUGCAGAAAAGGUACGUGAGAGAAGGUAACUAACUAAUUCCUUAUUAUUAUCAUUAUUCAUCGCCCCUGCGAAAAUAUAGAGAGACAAUCUAUGCAGUUUCUCAGCAAAAAACUUGUUUAGGAAGAAUUCAGCUAUACAAUAGUCACUGACGCUGCAGUUUGCAGCAAACCAGGUGACUUACCGUUGUUUUACCUUACCGUGGGAUGUAAGGUUGUACUUUAUGUUUCCGAAAAUGCUAGGAAUCCAAAAUUAAAGUUGAGUCUUACAUCAUAAACCAUCUCAGCAAAUAUUGUAUAUAAUAAGGGUAAUAUCGUAGGCAAUUAAAGGUUAUGUGACUCCAGGCAGAUCGAGAGAAGCUUAAUAGCGUCUCGCUGUCACAAAUUUUAGACUAAACGUUUUUUGAGUGCUAUUUACUUUCUUGUCAACAGAAAUUGUCCACGAUGCGGAGAUCUUCUAGCGAUGGCAAGUUAAUACGUUAUUGCUAAGGGCAUUUGUGCACAACGUAUGGAAUUUUGGGCGCGGUGAAAGCUAUGAACCAGUGGUGGUGGGGUGGAUGGAGGGAAGGGGAGGAUAGAAAAACCCCUGUCGUUUUGCCUUGUCAAGCUCUACAUGUUCACCCGCGAUGUGCCUACGCCUCACCUUAGGUCAUCAAAUAGGACAGAGCAAAGCAAAGUAUCGUUGCCUGGAGAAUAUAUUUCUGAGGUUCCCUUCUCUUCUUUCAGCAAAUGACGGAAAGCUUGAUUGGACGCUCCGUAUAAAACUUGAACUCAGAAUUAAUUCAUUUGAUUCAGUCAAUCAUUUGUCAAUCACUUUAAUUGUAUGGUUUACUGGCCUCUUUAAAAAAGGCACUUUACAGUUGAGGGUUGUUGUUUACUUCUGAAUCUUGUCUCACAAUGUUUGACAAUAGAAUCCCAUUGCUGUUAAAGUAGAGGCUGAUACACAAUCCUUAGAUAUGGAGCGAACGUUUGAAGCCCCGACCUAUGCAUCCACGGCAAGUGCAGAUUAUAUGCCACUUCAUCCCUCAACGAGAAACUGGGAGAUCAGUCGCAGACAGGUCAACAUAGUUAAAGUCAUUGGUAAAGGAGCUUUUUCACAAGUUGCCAAGGCGACAGUAAGAAACCUGCGUGGAAGCCAGGAUAACUUGACAGUAGCAGUAAAAAUGCUAAAAGGUAUAGUUUAAUUCAGUGUACUAUAACAAGUAAAUGGAGAUUUGAGUAAGGUUGAGUCCAAAGGUAUGUCACUACACUAUACAGUUGACUCCUGAUAACUCGAACCCUCGCUAACUCGAACCUCGCGCUAACUCGACGAACCAAAAUCGAUUUUCCCCUGGAUUUCAGUCAUACAUUCACUGUAAUUUUACUCUCGGUAACUAGAACCCUCGAUAACUCGAACUCCCGCUAACUCGAACCAAUUUUCGUUUCCCCUCAGGUCAUUUUCUAUAUAAUUUUACCCUCGAUAACUCGAACCAUGUUUUGAGCCCUUAAAGUCGGGAAAAAAGCCGUCUACGGGCGUCCGAAACAUUGAAUUUUGAAUUUCCCAGACGUGUGGUAGGAGUACAGUUUACUAGUGGAGGCUGAUGUCGAUUGUCACAGGCUAACGUGAAGCAGCUUUUCUUCUCAAAACAGUAAAACGCAUGCUCUAUUUAGGCUAUGUUUUGUUACAUUACGUUCGGAUUUAUUAUCUAGAAGUAUCUUUUAAUUUUCAUUUGACAUUUCUGCAAUUAAAAUUGAUUAAAAUGUUCACUGUGCAGUUAAAACUGUUUUUUACCUUAAUCUUGGCUAUUUUCUUCCAACUCACGGUAACUCGAACUCCCGAUAACUCGAACCUUUUUUCGAUUUCCCUUGAAGGUUCGAGUUAUCGGGAGUCGACUGUACUGAACGACAUCUCGUUCAGUUGGAUGGUUUCGAUGUAAACGAAACAAAAAAGACCAAGUGGACAGAGAACACUGAAAAAAGCUCACUACAGCAAAACGAUUACCGUAACAAAGUAAUGGUAAAAAAAUGAGAAUUUUUGGGGGGUUCUUCUUUUUAGCAAAUGCUCCAGCCUCAGAUAAAAAGGACCUUCUGUCAGAACUUGACGUGAUGAAAAAACUAAAACCUCAUCCCCACGUGAUCAAGCUGUUGGGCUGCGUCACAGAAACCGGUAAGGGAUGUGUGAAAAGAGUAACGUUUCAGUUUCUUGAAAUUUGUGGCAUGCAACUUUUCCUGGCGAUUGUAUACUGCCAAUGAUUCGAAUGAUAGAGCGUUUUAACUAAUAUGGCCAGAAGUUAUAGGAACACGUUAAUUAGAAUAAAAGCAAACGUUUACACAACAGAAGUAUUCAAUUAUUCCCACGGAACAAGUUUGUUACACCAACUUGGCCGCCGCUCCAUUGUUUUGGAACGCAGUAUGUUCUCCAUGUAUGCUAUAUCGAACAAUUUAAUAGGCAGAAAAUAUUAGAAUGGAUAUCACUGAGUUGAACAAAGUCAGACAAAGAGAACUAAUUCCACAAGUUGAAGUAGAUAACUUUAAUAGCUUACUUAUAAACUAACAGAAACAUCAGUAAAUUGAUUUCCAAAUUAACAUAUGACUUGCUACAUUUUUAAGUAUGUUUGAAAGCAAUAUUGAAAGGUUUCAAAGAAAAUGAAAUAAUGUUGAGGUUAAACCCAGUUUAAAUUUAUAUGGACACUGAGGGGACCAUAGAAAGUGUCCGUAUUAACUGAGGGCUUUCUUUCCCCAGAGACAAAGCAAACUGUCCGUAAUAAUAAAGUUUCCGCAUUUAGGGGAUGUCUGUAAAGCGGGGUUUUACUGCAAUUCAGGGCUUUUUAUUUUCGGCCUUCACUUCUGUUCCAUAAAUUGCAUCAAAACUGUCAUGAUCAUACCUCCAGUUAGAUUUUGUAUUGUCGCAGUUCACACAAUGUUCAUUGAAAGGUACUAACUUCAUUCGAUGUCCCUUCGUGCGAACAAAAUCAUUAAUAUUUGGGGGCUCGGAGAGUAAAUCGGAGAAUUUUCUAAUGAUAUGUCAUAAGUGGGAACUCAGGUUUGAAGAUUUUCUUAUUAUAUUGGUUACCAUAGAGCCGUUGUUGGUUUUAAUUGAGUAUGUUCCAUACGGUGACCUACUGGGCUACUUGAGGAAGAGUCGAGGACUGAACGACACGUACUUUAAGGACCCGGAUAUGAAGCCACAGACCAAUCUUACAGCAGAACAGUUAAUGAAAUUCGCUUGGCAGGUCGCAGAUGGAAUGUGUUACUUAUCCUCAAAAAAGGUUUGCUUUGAAUGUGAUUUCAACUAGAAGUAAUAAUUGAAAUUGAGAACUGAUGUUGAAACUGAAAGAUAUAUUAUUGACAUUUAUCUAAAAGAUAAACCUUUAUGGAACAUAAGAUUGAGUACUCGAGGCUUAAUUAGAAGCUAAUAAGUGUUAGUCUUACAAACCUUGCCCAAUUCUAAACAAAAUAUAUGCUCAAACAAUGAAUAUCACGUAAUGAAUAUAUAAAUUUCAAAUAAAUCUACUAAAAAAGUUACAUAAACGAUGUGUCCAGAGAUACCUAUAAUAAUAAUAAUAAUAAUUCAAUAUUUAUAUUGCGCAAAAUACAUGUAAAUAUGAUCAAAUGCGCAUUACAUGAAAGUAAAUUAUCGACAUUUAUAAGUUAUCCAAAAUAACUAAAAAUAUUAUAUAAAAAACAAUGGAUCUAUAAAAAUAUAACAUGUACAUAAUCCUAAAAAAAUCCUAAUAAAAAGCUAAUCUAAAAAAAUGGGUCCUAAGUAAACCUUUAAACCUAUGAAAAUUGGGCUCAUUUCGUAUUUGUGAUGGUAGCCCAUUCCACAGUUUAGGUGCCGCAGCUAAAAAAGCACGGUCACCCAGUGUCUUUUUAGUUAAAGUUCUUGGCCUUUGAAGCAUGAUUCCCAUUGCACACGAUCUUAAAUUGUCCUGUGGGUGUGAAGGGUCCGAGCUCGUUGUGUGAGUUUGUGAACAGCAGCUCAUGUGGCCAUUGGUACCAGUCUUUUAGAUUCUGAAGCUAAGCGAGGUGCUCCACUUGCGGUCCUCGUCAUAUGCAAUACAUUGUGUGAGAGGUGUAAUAGGAGCAGUCCUUGCCAUACUCAUAAAAGAGACUGCUCUAUUAGGCGAGUAUGAAAGAAACACAGAGUUUCAAAGGCGAACAAGGAGGUACAAUCUCACGACAUCUCGCAUUAGCGCAAUCAGGAGGAUCUUUGUCUUGCUAAUAUCUUUCUCUAGCAAUGACCUUUCUUCGCGGUUAGUCAAAAUAGAACAAAAAAGUACCAUCGCAUCUUUUUUCCUCAAAUUAGUACAAAACGGUUUCCUAUAUAGUCUCAAGCGACUACAAAUUUUAAAUUCAGGAUGUGUAAAAAAAAAGCUUCUUCCCGUAUUGGAUAGGAUUCCUUUUUUCUAUAUCAAGCGAUUGUCUUCAAGGAACUGUCAUGAUAAAACUCAAAUUAACUGGCCCCUUCAGAUGAGCCCGGUUGCCGAGACAAAUUUCGCCUUGGGUUCAAAUGUGAAAUUUAAGCCCGGUUUCCAAAAUUCUUGCUGGAAAAACCGCACGUGAGAUCUGGGGAACCGAGCCAGCCCACCUCUCAUAUGAACACAUUGAAGUUAGAGGUAAAUAAGCGAGAUCUUGGAAACCGAGCUCAUGUGAGGAGGCCCUAAGCACAGCUUUGAAAAGAAUAUUAUUUUUAUCUUGAUCCGAUUUUUGAAAAAGCGCUUAUAAAAAUGUUUUGUCAUGUAGAUUAUCCAUCGUGACUUGGCUGCAAGAAAUGUUCUGGUUGGUGAAGGAGAGAAUUGUAAGGUGACAGAUUUUGGAAUGGCAAGAGAUGUGCAUCAAGAAGACAUCUACAACAAAACGAGUCGCGUGAGUUCAACUAAGCACACCGUUUAAUUUUAAAUCAUGUCGGGUUUUAUCACAAAAUUGCGUGAGAUCUGUAGUCAGGGGUUCAAAUUGCUACUUUGAAAUCUCAAGUAUCCUUAGCAGCGUUUAAAAAGUUGCUGAGAAGGUAAAAACAAUGAAAAUAUCGACGUAAGGGCGGAAAUGAAAUUUUAAAAAAAUUAUUAUUGAUGCUAAUUUGAUUGUUUUCUAAGGGGCGUCUGCCAGUGAAAUGGACUGCUUAUGAAUCGUUGAUGUAUGGAACAUACACCACACAGAGUGAUGUGUAAGUAUUUUUUGUAUUAAAGUCAACAUUUUUUUCACGUUAAGCAUGUAGAAUCUGUUGUCUUUUCCGAUGAGUCACAAGGCUUUCGUCUGUCUCUUUUAUGCCUAAAAAGAAGGCAUGUUACGUUCAAUAAUGAAAAUUCAACGAUAAUUAUCUCAACAAAAUGAAAGAGAUUUAAUAUGUUGUGCUGCUUGUGCAGGUGGUAUUCUACAAGUUCAAUGGUGACUGUAGCGUUUAAAAAGCCGGUGCACGCCCCUUCUCUUCAUCAUUUUAGUUAGUUAUUAUUUCUCCUGACACUGAUUGUUUUGUUCUAGCUGGAGUUACGGCGUCGUACUUUACGAGAUUCUUACUGUUGGUGAGUUGGGAAAAUUGUUCAUUCUGAUAUUUUGUUGUGUACUCUAUUUUUUCUUGUUUUUCAUGGUUCGUAAUAGACAGAACAGAUACAAAAUGAAACAAAAGCAAAAUCCCAUGUACCUUAAUUUCACUAAUCAUAUCGGAAUGAUUGAGCAAACAAACAAACAAUGCUUGAUCAGUUUUUAUUACCUUUUUAAAUAAUAUUGUGUACUGUUCUUAUAAGGAACAAAACAUUCUAAAACUCAGAGCAAAGGUUUACCAAUUUGAAUUAAUAUUAAUUUUGUUCAAAUCGCGUAAACUUCCCUUAUAUGUUUUCGCUAGUACAGAAAAACAUUUCUUUCCGUUAUGUACUCUUCUUGCUAGCAUAGCUUCUUUUUUUCCAGGUGGAUCUCCAUAUCCGGAUAUAAAUGCCCGUAAAAUCGCCCAGAAACUUCAGGAAGGAUACAGAAUGCCAAAACCAAGACACGUUGAGAUUAAACUGUGAGUUAUAAUACGAGUAGGGAAAAGAAAGUUCUAAGAAAUGAAAAAAAUUAUGAGUACGGAUUCAGUUCUAAAAAUCAGUAGCCAUGCUAAGACUAUUAGGUUUCCGUAACUGUUCCUGCGUAUUCAGAUCCUCAGGAAUAAGUGGGGCCCCCGCUCAUCCAUAGCCUAAAAUUAGAGGGGGACCAGCCUCGUCAAAAAUAUUUGUCGGCCCUCCGGGGGAGUUAAAAAUAAGCGGGGUCCAGGCCCCUCCCCUAGUUCGGCUAGUGAUGCAUGUAGUGAUGAAUAAUAUGUUUUUCUCGAUUAGCUAUCAGAUUAUGCUUGACUGUUGGAGGGAAAACCCAGAGGAUCGUCCUACGUUUGAGAGACUGAGGAACACAAUGAAGGAGAUGGAGGGAAAUCAUAAGGUAAGAAGAGUAAGGACUUUCCCUAAAAGGGAGAAACAAUCAUGGAUACGGAAGGUUCAUUUAGGGAAGAAGCUAAUGAUUAUUCAAGGGCUGAAGCUGAGAGAGGUGUGUAGCACCUCCCUCCCUCCCUCUUAUUCCAUGUAUGAGAGACUGAUUAAACAUUAAAUUGGUUACUGUAUUUAUUUUUCAUUCCGCUCGGUUUCUUCAGAAGCAGUUUAUAUUUACUUUAAAACAUUUAUCCGUUACACUACAUGCCUUAUUGACCAAGCUACUACAAACCGCCCGUCGACCUGGCUAGCUCAUUUGGUUGAGUAUCAGACUUUACAAGGCAUAUAUAGGGUCCUAAAAUAACUGAUGAGAAGGUAUUUACAUUGUCUACAUUAUGUAAUUAAAUAUUUUUAUUCCGAUCUCUCUCAACCAGGAUUACCACGGAAAAAUGUAGACCUCUCAGUUUUUCUUUUCAGUUGAUCUGAAUCUGUAGAAUUUUAAACCACUAGGUUUGUAACAAAACGUUUGAUAUUAUAGUGUCCACUUCUGGUGUGCCGCCGUCCUUAGUCUUGGGUUGAUAAUCUGAAGGGAGAGAUUCCAAGAUGGGGAUAACUUGUCUGUCUUCCUUCAGUAAUCAUAAAAGUUGCCUGUAAGCUAUGUUUAAGUAUUAGGUGAAAUGAAUUGUUUUUGAGGUCGAAUGUGACUGAAUAAAAAUCCCACCAUCUCGUGCCCUUUUACGUUUUUGCAUUUCUUUUAUUGUUUUCGUUUUUUCAGACAUAUGUCAACCUGAAACAAUAUGACCACAGCCUUUACGCUAAUGUUAACGACUUGAAAGCUAUGUGA